CGACAACUCUCACGAAAGUAAAACGCAAAAAGACAGAAAAUGGACAGAUCGUCAGGAUCGUCGUCCCCAGUUCCUUCAAGUGAAUCAUCUACACAAAGCCCUUCACGAAAGAGGCAUCUUGAAGAGCCCUGCGCGGGACCAUCUAAGAAAAGGAAAAAGCCCCAAGCCCCAGUGCCAAAAGGAAAAGGUGCCAGCCGAGGGAAGGGGAAAGGAAAGGGGAAAGCCCCUGCUGCCUCGGCCAGGCGAAGAAAGAAUGAUGAUGAAGAGUUUGAGGAAGAGCAGGCUCUUUUGAAAAAACAGCAGGAAAUUAUGAGGGCUGAGGUUGGUCGACCAAGCGGCACAUGGCAGAUAUUAUCUGCCAAGCCAUCAAUUUUGACCCCAGCCUCAUGAUGCAUGUGAUGCAGCCAGCCGCACGCCAGCCAGGAGGAUACCACCCUCAACCAGGUGAUGCUGUUCCAAAUUGGUGCAUUUGCGGGAGGUGUCGAGAAAUGCCCACACAAUCUGAAAGGCGGUGCUGCGGAAAGGCCAAGUGCCUUUCUCUUUACCCAGACUUUGACCUUCUUAUCCUACAUGAGAGAGUCCUUGCCCUGGCCCGCAUAUUCCGGAGGGACCUGCUUGUGUUUGAAGAUGACGUUGACCUUAUGAGGGCAAACAGACAUCAGGCUUACCGCCAAUUCACACUUUGGAGUUAUGGAAGGCUUGGGGCUGGGGACAGGAGGGUGAUUCCUUCAUGCUGUGUCUGGCGUAUCAGGGACAUGUUUCCUGAUCCGUUUGGCCAGUACAAGGGAUAUAUUCGCAGUCGCCUCGGCUAGAGUUAUGGAAACAGCUUGCUGCUUUUUGUGCUUAUUUAUGUGAAAAGCCAUUUAUAAUUCCAUAAAUCUAAAAUUGAACCUGUAGUCUUUCUAUAACAUCCUUUGGUAACAAUAUUAAUUUCUUUACUUUUGAAUAUCUUUCUGUUGAAAAUGAAUCUUAUAUUUAUCUGAGACCAUGCUGGAAAUAAUAAAGUUGUUUUGUAUUAAAAGGAUCAUCAAUUAUCAGCAAAGUCACAACAUCACAAGUCAGGUUAAAGGUUUAUUGUUCAAACAAACAAACUACUAUUUCAAAAAAUAAUCAUGCAUACCAUCUUAUAUCAGCUCUUCAUAAUUAUUGCUAAUUUUUUUCAGAUCUGCUCUGUGACACUUUGCUCUCCUUUUCAUAAUGCCAUUAUGUUAUGUUGACUUUGCCUUCAAUCAUUAAAGCUGCACUCUCACAGACUGAACUUCUUCACAACUUUUUGUCUUGGAACGAGGCAAUUUUUGCUAUAUAAGGCUGUAAAGAAUUUUUUUUCGCAAAUUCUAUAUUAGGUUAAAAAAAGAUGUUUAAUGCAUUUUUUCUUGAAUCGUUAGUAACGGGUUAGCCAUUUAACAUUAAUUUUCGAGGGGAAAUACGAAUCUGUGGUCUGAUCUUUUGGCAGCAAUCUUUUAUCAUUGGUUUGCAGAUAUUGGUGCCAAAAAUCUUUUAAAGACCAAAAAAAAUAGUUGUAAAAUUGGUAUAUCUUUGAAAGUGCAGCUUUAAUUUCACUUUCAAUAUCUUUUGAAUAACUGUUAUUGAUAUUAUUUUGUCUGACUUUGAGAUUCCCAUGUGCCAUGUACAUACACUUUCUUUUCACUUUUUUUUUACACAUUACAACCGACUUGUUGUAUUGCACCAGCAUGACCCUAAAGGUACUUGCUCAUGUUUUAUACCAAACAUUAGUUUUCUCUGUUAUGGGUUUAGAAAAUUGUUUUAUCGUAUUUAUCGAAAAACCGAUGCCUUAACCACAAGGCCACAAGGAAGUAACCAAAGAAGUUGAUAUUUUGACAUCCUAACACUGAAUUGAUAAUAUCCAAUGAUAAUGUCAAUAAACCAAUCACACAACAACAAAGCUGUAAUAAAGGAACAAAAUGAACUGAUUUUGAUGACACUUUAUUUCUUCAUACUAAAAAAGUGCAUUUUUGCAAAAACAUGAGCGAGUACCUUUAAUCAUUGUACAUAAGAUUUUCCAUUAAACACAUGUAACUGAUUGAAGUAUUUUAUGUACAGUGUAUAAAGUAAAUCAAACUUGUUUUAAUUUGCCUCUACAAAUGUUCAGUUAAGUGUUGUUGUUUUUUUUUUAUUCUUGAACAAGAUUAUUUGUUUCAGUUAACUUUGGAAAUCUCUCUUUUGUAAAGAUAUUUACAUUUUUUGAAGUAUAGUAUAGUCUUGUAUAGAAAAUAAAAUAUUUCAACUACUUUUUGCCUUUCAAAUUGUUUUUCAGUGGAUCAAUGGAGUAUUAAAAUGCUAUUAUCUAGGAGCAUUUAGA